AUGUUGCUGUGGCGAGCCGGGCGAUGCUGCAGGUACGUGAGGACGAUCGCCAAGUGCUCAACGAGCAGUGGCAAUUCAAGCGGCAGCCCCCUCUUUGCUCUGCGGUGUAGUAGUCUCCAUAGCGAAUCCACGAGCGAUGGGAGGGAGACAAGACCCUACUUUGACUAUGACCAGGAUUGCAAGUUGCUGGGGAGGCUGCAGAGGGGCGAACUGGACGCGGACGACUGGGGCCACGUGGCCGACCAGAGGGACGCUUUGAAGAUUAAGAAGAAGUACCUCAAACUGCUCCGGCUGUACCACCCAGACACUUACGUAAGUGAGAAGAACGAACGGAGGAAGAAGCGAAAGGAAGAAAUAUUCCUGCAGAUCUACAGGCACUACAAGAGCUUCACCCAGCGGUAUGAUCACCUGUACAAGUCAGGUCUCGCUGAUGAGUCUGUUUGGGAAGCUGAGCAGGAGAGAGACGAAAGACUCCAUCGGUACAGGCGCUACUCUGAGGGGAAGAGGAAUGACAUGCCGCACCUGCACAAGAACGUGGAAGCCUACAUCCUGCUGAGUAUCUUGCUGACCUUUGGGGGGGUCCUCCUGGUGUGCGUCUACCUGCCCUUUGAAGUGAACACCCUGCGGGAGGAGCUACGCGACGAUGCGGACUACGGAGAGGCCGCCCAGGUGGUCCCCUGUUUUUACAACCCAGUCAUGAAGAGAUACGAGUACCUCUCUGGAGGAUAUGCCCCCCCGCACCCCCACCAGUUGUACCACUUUUACAAAAGGAACUUCCCCGAGCUGUUCGUGGACGACGACCUGCUGAAGCUACGCCGCUUCGAAGUGGUCCAGCUGCCAAAAACUCGAGCGAAGAAAUGCAGACUGGUGUUCGACGUAAGGACAAACGAACUUGUGUUUUUAAAAAAAACAAAACAGGCAAGGUGAAAAGGGGGAAGAAAAAAAAAAGCAAGUGGAGUGGAGACUUACGAAAUGAAGAAAACGGGGUACGGAAGGGUGACUGAUGAGUGGAGAGAUUGCGUAAAGGAGAUUACAUGUUUAGUGUUGCGUGUUGGCGAUUGGUAUUAUGCACAGGUGAAACAUGGAGGGGAAAAAAUGAAGUGGGGUGAGCUCUGCAGGGUCGAUUGCACGCUAUGCCGUCCUAUGCGGUGGGGAGGCCCGACGUGGAAAGUAAAUUCGGUGGCCAAACGGUGGCCCUGCUGCCAUGGUUCGGUGGGAGGAGUGGCCUGCAAAUUUGGCGAUGCUCACCUGUGCGCUGUUCAUCUGCGUGCUGCUCACCUGUGCGACGUGUAAGCAGUUGUAUAGCACGUGCCUCGCUUCAUCCGCGCGCCAGCACACUGCGGGGGCAUCACUCGGUGUGCUCCGCCGGCGCGGCCUCCUCAUUAACAUUUUCACUCGCGCCCUCGUUGGCACUUCCAUUAGUCUCGUUGUUUGGCUCCUCCGUGAUGGCCGAAUCUGCAUUAUCAUCAGGCGUGGCCACGUCGUCUCCAUUGGAGUUCCCUCCAGCAGAGGCCUCCGCCACGUUACUGGCUCCAGCGUCGUCCUGGUUGUCCUCAUUUAACGUGUUAGCAUUAUCGGCCACGUCAUUCGCCGUAGUGUCCUCUGCAUUUGUGUCUUGCGUCGCGUCAUUCGCCUCGUUCGCCUCGUUCGCGUCAGCGGCAGUGUCAGCGGCGGCUCC